AGGUUUUGUGCUGGUCUAAUAGUCCAAUUUCCAACACCAAUGACAUGAAUUCUCAUAAGUGUGUAUUGCAUUAUUCGGUGAACUUCCUCUAGCUCUGUUUAUCGGCUCACUACUGUUUGAUCAAAUCUCCGAAAACUCGAAAAACAAAAAGUUCACCAUUUUCAAUGGCAGACAAAACUCAGUCAGAUGAAUUCAUUUCCCAUAAAAACCCAACUGUUCCUCAAGUCAUAGAAGAGCUAAAAGAGCUCUGGGCUAUGGUUUUACCAAUCACAGCAAUGAACUGUCUUGUCUACGUACGCGCCGUCGUGUCCGUUCUCUUCCUUGGCCGGCUCGGUAGCCUCGAGCUAGCCGGAGGAGCUCUCUCCAUCGGAUUCACCAACAUCACAGGCUACUCUGUUCUCGUUGGACUCGCCUCGGGUCUCGAGCCAGUGUGUAGCCAAGCCUACGGUAGCAAAAACUGGGAUCUCCUCACGCUCUCUCUCCACCGUAUGGUCGUGAUUCUCUUAAUCGCCUCUGUUCCCAUUAGCCUCCUUUGGAUCAACCUUGGACCCAUCAUGCUUUUCAUGGGUCAAAACCCUGAGAUAACGGCUACGGCCGCUGAAUACUGUCUUUACGCCCUUCCUGAUCUUUUGAACAAUACUUUGCUUCAACCGUUGAGAGUUUAUCUAAGGUCGCAGCGAGUGACAAAACCAAUGAUGUGGUGUACGCUAGCAGCUGUGGCGUUUCACGUGCCGUUGAAUUAUUGGCUUGUGAUGGUGAAGCGUUGGGGUGUUCCGGGUGUGGCUAUUGCGUCUGUUGUGACGAAUUUGAUCAUGGUUGUGCUUUUGGUUGGAUACGUUUGGGUGAGUGGGAUGUUACAUAAGACAGUGAGUGGUGGUGGUGGUUCUACGGUGGUGGCGGUGGCUCAGUCGUCGUCUGUGUUGGAGUUGUUUGGAGGGUUGGGACCGUUGAUGAGAGUGGCGGUUCCUAGUUGUUUGGGGAUAUGUUUGGAGUGGUGGUGGUAUGAGAUUGUGAUUGUGAUGGGUGGUUACUUGGAGAAUCCUAAACUUGCGGUGGCUGCCACUGGGAUUUUGAUUCAGACUACGAGUCUUAUGUAUACUGUUCCUAUGGCUUUAGCUGGAUGCGUCUCUGCUCGGGUUGGAAACGAGCUCGGUGCAGGUAGACCGUACAAGGCGAGACUAGCCGCGAACGUGGCUCUAGCUUGCGCGUUUGUAGUAGGAGCAUUGAAUGUGGCUUGGACCGUUGUUUUAAAAGAGCGUUGGGCUGGACUAUUCACUGGCUACGAGCCACUCAAGGUUUUGGUUGCUUCGGUUAUGCCAAUCGUCGGGCUAUGCGAGCUAGGGAAUUGCCCGCAAACCACGGGCUGCGGGAUUCUUAGAGGGACAGGUCGGCCUGCGGUUGGGGCACAUGUGAAUCUUGGGUCAUUUUAUUUCGUUGGGACUCCCGUGGCGGUUGGACUAGCGUUUUGGUUGAAAAUUGGGUUUAGUGGGUUGUGGUUUGGAUUGCUUUCGGCUCAAGCGGCUUGCGUGGUUUCGAUAUUGUAUGCGGUUUUGGCGAGGACUGAUUGGGAAGGGGAAGCAGUGAGGGCAAUGAGACUGACGAGUUUGGAGAUGAGGAAAGUUGGAAAAGAUGAAGAGUCGUCAUUGUUGUUGUUGGAUGAUCGUAAUGGGAAUGAUGAGAAGUUGGAUGAUGUUUUGUAAUCAAAUUGGAUAAUUGUGGGGUCAAAACUUGAGAGACGACUUAUUCUUGUUAUGUGAAGGGGUAUUUUAGGUUUUGUCUUCACUAGUGAUGAGUGUUGACCUCGUUUGUUCAAUGUUUUGUUUGUAUCCGUUUCGGUUAUUUCUUAGUGAGUUUUGCUAAUUGAAAGAAACUUUGGAAGCUCAAUCAUUUUUAGACGUUGAAAAUAAGAUUAAAUAUAGUUAAAUUAUUGGA